GUUUUUUUUUUGGAACUGCCUGCCUGCUGCGGUGCGAUCUGUGGCGCUCUCCCAGCCCGGUCUGCAUUAAUCAUCGGUGGAUAUUUGUGAAAUUCGCGGUAUUCGACCAACUGAUUCAGUUCGCUUCCAACGCUUAAUCCGUUCAGAUCGAUCGACGCGAGUGCACCCAAGUGACCGUUGGCGCUUCGAAAAUGUGACUCUGGUAUGGUACUACUAAAAGUGAUCGCACGUUAUCGGUUAUCGAUCUUCAUCUAAACCAGUGAACGCGUGGGCCAAAAGUGCUAAAAAGUGAAUUCUUAGGUGUUAAAUGUGCAUAACAGAUAGGACAGGUGUCUGUAGCAAAUGGAAUCACCAUCGUGUCAAGCGGAAGAUGCAGGAUGAUGAUCAAUUUGUACGGGAAACAUCCGCACCUAGUGAUAAUGAAUCGUCGACGGAGACUGAAGACAGCGAUAUCUACGUACCCAACAAUCCCCAGGACUGGGAAAGCGAACACAUAAGCUCGUGGGUUCAAUGGAUUUCGAAAAAGUUCAAUAUUUACCCCGACUUGGUACCGGCACGAUUUCCCAGCGGCGGCAUCGAGUUGGCAAAUUUUACCAAAGCGGACUUCUGGGUCUGCGCUGGCAGUAAAGCCGGCGGUGAUGCUCUGGCCAAACAUUUCGCCUAUCAUCUACAGCUUGGAACAGGAAUAGAAGAUAAACUACUGAGCAACGAUACUGACCCAGAGCCAUAUCAACUGUUGAAUGCUGCGUCACAUCGAUUAAUAGCGCAAGGUGGGCAGAUCCAACUGUGGCAGUUUUUGCUCGAACUGCUCGCUGAUUCGUCGAACGAGCGAUUCAUCCACUGGGAGGGAACCAAUGGAGAGUUCAAGCUUACCGACCCGGACGAGGUGGCGCGCCGAUGGGGUGAGCGGAAAGCGAAACCCAACAUGAACUACGACAAACUGAGCCGGGCCUUGAGGUACUACUACGAUAAAAACAUCAUGACCAAAGUCCACGGCAAGCGCUACGCAUACAAAUUCGACUUCCACGGUUUGAUGGCGGCAUGUCAAGCUCAGGCACAGCUGUCCGAACCCGGUACGAGUGGCAUGAUCUCACCCAGCUACAGCAGAUACUCAUCCCCGGUGGAAUCCUACAGCGGUAGUCCGUCAUCGAAUCCCACCGAAGGCAGCCCUCGGAGUUUCGGACUAGCUGCGAGUCCGGGAUCCGCUUCUUCAUCCUCGCCUACCUCACUUGCCACCAGCAGUAGCGCCGCAGCCGCCGGAGCAAGUGGAUCGAGAUCCGGCAUGAUGCCACCCUAUUGGCCCUCGUAUUCCGCGUACUCGGUUGCGUCAACUUCCCAAGCUCCUGUCACGACAAACGUUCCUGUUACCUCAUCUACGACGACGGUUACUAAUCCGACGUCGGAAGCAACCUUUAGAACGUACAAUCAUUGAGUCUCCGUUAGGUGCAGUGUUUUUCUGGUUAAGGUUCCUAAUCUUGCACUAGCCAAUAGGAUAGUCCUCAAAGAUGCUACUGUGAAGAAUGUUUUAGAAGUUUUUAUUUUGAAUUGCAUUUAAUUUCCAUUCCAUGCAUCAACUUAGGUUUUAUCGUGGUUUUAGGAAAUACUUAAACGCAAAAAAAAACAACAAAACCAUAAUAAAGCCAAUAUGAUUGCUUGG